AUGUGUGCAGACAACAUCUGGACGGACCAGAACCUGCUGCUGGACCCAGACCUCCCCUCCGGCUGGAGAACCAUCAAAGACUCUACAGGAACUUAUUACUGGCACGUUCCCACCGGCGCCACCCAGUGGCAACACCCUCGCCUCAGUGGGACGCCACAGCUGCUCGAAACACAGCAGGAGGAGGCUGAACAGCAGAGCUCCACCACAGAGACCAGCAAACCACCUGAGCCCAGGUCUUCAUGGCAUGAAGAUUAUCUCACUAACCACGACCCCAACACCAAGUGUUUUGCAGUGCGCUCUCUGGGCUGGCUGGAGGUGGAGGAGGAGGACCUGUCUCCCGGUCGCAGCAGUCUGGCUGUCAGCAACGUCAUCCAGCAGCUGUCUCACUGCAGCAGCCCCGAGCAGAGGGACAGACAGGGAGCCUGGGGGGAGGGUCGGGAGAUGAUGCUGGUUCUGAAAAAAGACACUCUGACCCUGUUGGACCCUUUAGACCACACCCCUCUGCACUGUCAGCCAAUCAUCAACAUCCGUGUGUGGGGGGUGGGCUGCAACAAUGGCAGGGACAGGGACUUUGCGUUUGUGGCGGGUGAUAAGGACAGCUGUGUGCUGAAGUGUCACGUGUUUCGCUGCAACGCUCCGGCCAAAGCCAUCGCCACGGCGCUGCAUGAGAUGUGCUCCAAGAUGAUGUCAGAAAAGACGCUGAUGCGGCCGUCCCGCUCCCUGACCAUGGAGAGCAUCUCACCUGAAGACCUGCCCAGACAAGUGGAGUUUCUGGAGGCCGUGCGACAGCAGGUCCAAAAGUUUGAGGUCCAGUACAUCGGUAACCUGCCAGUGUCCAGAGCGAUGGGUAUGGAGGUGUUGAACAGAGCGAUAGAGAGCAUCAUGAACUCCACAGACAGAGACGAGUGGGAGCCGGCGGUGAUCCACGUCACUGACAACAUCCUGUCUCUGUGGAGGGGAGAGGAAGGGGAGGAGCCUCUCUGGGAGUGUCAGGUACGUUUCCUCACCUUUCUGGGCGUCGGCCACGACAGCCACACCUUCGCUGUGAUUGUUGAUGGCGGCACACAACAAUUUGAAUGUCAUGUCUUCUGGUGUGAACCGGACGCAGGGAUCCUGUCUGAGGCCGUCCAGGCCGCAUGUAUGGUUCAGUAUCAGAAGUGUCUGGUGGCUCAGACUCCUCCCCCGAGGUCCAAGUCAUGGCGUGCAGCCCCAUCAAAAGUCAAACGGGCCAACUCCAUGGAUGCCUUCCCUCCUCUCGCCUCCCGUCUCCAUGGCAGCAGCAGCAGCAACAUGAUGAUGCCGCGGAUAACCAAGGGCAACGGCAACAGCAGCGUGAGGAAGGGGAUGCUAGCGUUCUUCGAAACUUUUCGUAAACAGGCCGCUACCUCCUAAUGAAGGGGGCGGGGCCACCAGAGACACAUGUCAGCAGAGGUUGCUGAUUCUCCAGGACUAAAAAUGAGUUUGCCAAGACCUCGGAGGUGUCUCCACACCAACACGUGUACGCGUGUCUCUGGUGGUCCAACCGGCCGAUUGUGCCGCCUUCACCAUCACCAGCGACGUCCCGGAGACCACCGUCGCCUUCUGUUUAUCGGACCAGAAAUACACCUGUUUGAACUCUCACCAGUCGUUGGCUAGCUUAGCGUAGCGACCGUGUUGCUAGGUAUUUGACUGCAGAUUGAAUGAAUGGAUUGAAGGUUUUAGGAUGCUAACAUAAUGCUAACAUGAUGCUAACAUGAUGCUUACAUGGGUUUUCUGUGUUAGUGGACCUGACAGGACCGGGAAUGAUCAACAUGUACCAGACCUACAAAUCACUUCCUCUGUUUCCUGUCCGUAGAAUCAUGAUACAAUAAAACUCAGGACGAUUGGGUCGUAAAUAAAGACAAACACAGGGAAUUCUGGGAAACGGUGAUCUGAAUCAGCUGAAUGAAACCACACCGUCAUACUUUACCAAUGUUUCACCAUCAUGUGACGAAGAUUUCGGGAGGAUUCAUGUCUGAAACUCUGAGCCCUGAUUUACCCUUAAACUCCCCCUUAAACUCUGAGCUCUGAUUUACCCUUAAACUUCCCCUUAAUCAGACUGACACUGAGAUAAGGAGAAAAGCCUCCUGUGUGUACUUGCUUCAAGCUUUAGUGAAAUAUUCCAGAGUCGGUUUCAAGAGCCGCAGUAAGUGUUUCUGAAAUGCUGAUGUCAUGUUGAUCCACUUACCUGUUGUUUCUUUUAUCUUCAUGUCACAUGGGAUGGCAGGUAAGAGGUUACCAUGGUUACAGUCGUUCACAAGUUUCUAUGGAGGAGAGACAUCAACAAAUUUAUUUCUACAGAAUGUUUCAGUACAAACAGAGUGUCGGUGUCACUGUCGAGAAAACACAUCGCAGAAAACCUCGGAAGAAGCUCAAACACAAACAAUUGUGAUAAUUUCAGUUAAAGUUGAAAUAAUUUAAGAAAAAGCAAUAAUUAAAGAUAAAGUCAUAAUAAUUUGAGGAAAAGAUAUGUUGGCAAUAAAGUAAAAUUGGGGGCAGAAGUCAUAAUGUUUUGAGAUUAAAAUAAUAAUGUCGGGAGAAAAAAGUUGUAAUAAAAAUAAAUAAAAAAUGUAAUGUUACUCAAAGUAGAAAUAUUUCAAUAAAGUCAUAAUUGGAGGAAAAAAUUAUAGAUGUAUUUUUAAUAAAAUCAUGACUUUUUCUUGAGCGGCCUUAUAGCUUGUUGAUUACAAUAAUUUGACUACUUGCUUGUAAAGUUGAGUUUUUCCCACGAGAUGUUUUUCCUGACGUGUCCUGACACUCUGUUACACUACAGUACUUUAGAUACCUCAUACAUAUAUGAAAUAUGAUGCAGAAGAAAAAAAACAUAUUAAAAAGAUUAAUAAACUGAUGACGGAGCAUGUGUUUGACUGGUGCAUACAAAGUUCUGUUUUUCUGAGCCGCUCUUGAACGCCUCCUGAGCCGCUCAGUGAACUCACCACAGACAAAGCUUUGACCUGCAGUUUGCAUGUCAGGCACAAAUGACAGCAUGGAGGGUCAUUAAACAUAUCCUGAAUGAUUUGCUGACGUCACCAGAUGUGUCAGCACAUCGCUGAAUGUACAGACGGACAUGUUGAGGAAUAUAUAACAGUACAUAUAUAACGGCUGCCUCCUGAUUGGCUGAAGCACCUGUAGAUAGAAGCUGUAGUAUGUUCAAUGUCAGUAGGAAAUUUCAGCGAGAGGUUUGUCCAACUGUCCCUGAAGUCUCAGAGAAACAGCUGUUUUCUGUCUUCAUGUCUGUUGAUCUGAAAUUCUUUGGCACAAAAUAAAUUAAUGAUGUCAUGUAAAAAUGAAACAGAAAUAAACUGAUGAACCGACUCAUCUCUGCAACUCUUU